AUGACGCUCACUCCAGCUCUACUUGCCUUCGCGGCGUGUCUCCCUGUCCUAGCGAAUGGUCUACCGCAGGCCGCUUCUUCCGCAAGCACUGCGCUGCCUACUUCAACGGCCGUCGUACCCGGCUUGAAUGACCUAGCCAUCAGUGCGGGGAAACGCUACUUCGGCUCUGCUACGGACAAUCCGGAGCUCAAUGAUACGACGUACACCUCCAUCUUGGAGAAUUAUGCCAUGUUCGGCCAGAUCACUCCGGGAAACAGUAUGAAAUGGUAUGCCACAGAGCCUGAGCCGGGAGUCUUCACUUUCACAGCCGGCAAUGUCAUCGCGGAUCUCGCGAAGUCCAACGGCAUGGUGCUGAGAGGACACAACUGCGUAUGGUAUGAAGAGCUUCCGGACUGGGUAACGGCUAACAACUACAAUGCGACUGAGCUUGCCGCCAUCGUCGCCAACCACACCGGUACGCUGGUAGGGUACUACGCAGGUCAAAUGUAUGCAUGGGAUGUCAUCAAUGAGCCACUCAAUGACAAUGGCACAAUGCGCGAGGACGUCUUCUACGACACGCUUGGAGAUAGCUAUAUUUCAAUCGCGCUGAAGGCCGCACGCGCAGCUGACCCGAACGUGAAGCUUUACAUCAACGAUUACAACAUUGAAUACGUCGGCACGAAAUCGACGGCAAUGCAGAACCUCAUCAAGCAGUUACAGGCGGACGACGUACCAAUUGAUGGCGUCGGUCUGGAGAGCCAUUUCAUCGUUGGCGAAGUGCCCACGACGAUCGUGGAGAACAUGCAGGCAUUUGCCGCGCUCGGACUGGAGUUCGCAAUCACAGAGCUCGACAUUCGUAUGGAACUCCCGGCAACUGCUGAUCUGUACGAGCAGCAGAAGACGGACUACUAUACCGUCGUGUCGGCGUGUAUGCAGGUUGAACAAUGUGUCGGUAUCACUGUCUGGGACUGGACUGACAAGUAUUCGUGGGUCCCGUCCACUUUCCCUGGCUACGGAGAUGCUUGCCCUUGGGAUUCGAAUGAUAUGUUGGCGCAUCAGAACUAUGAAAGGAAACCAGCAUUUGAUGGGAUUGCUAUCGCCUUGCAGGGUCAAUCUAUCUGA